AUGGCAACAAGACUGGAUUCGAAUCACGGCACUGGAGCACUUGGAGCCGUCAGUAUCCGGGCUUAUGCAGAAUCCGGACAAGACAACAAUGAUACCAGACAUCAGUUCGGCAGGCUUGGAGUCGAGACCAAUGUCGCAGCAAGAAUGCUAUCGAGUAUCUUCAUGCCGAAUUUCUAUCUUCGUGACACAUACAACGAAUUAGCCUCAAAACGCGAACAGUAUAACACCAACGUAGCAGGCCAUGUGUGCACCAGGAGGCUCCUUCAAGUGUCAUGGCCUUCUAAGACGGAGAGAUCUGAGUUAUGGAGACGCUAUCAAGAAGACUUGUCUCACCGGAUCGGGAAAGGCAUUCAAAACGAAUUGAAUCUCAACAUAUCAUUGGCUUUGGUACCCACCCUUUAUCUCGGUCGUCUGUCUUUUCCCCAUAUUAUGCUUAGCGACAUGUUUUAUUUAGACAGCACAUCACGACCCUCAAAACACGGCUCUUUGUGUGCGCUGAAAUCCCGAGGGAAGCAUCGAGGGUGUGAUACGUCAAAACAUGAUGACACGUUAAGCCUUGCGGGAAGCGAACGUGUUCCGAUGUUGCGCCAAGACCACGUGUCGACGUCCUGCGAGCGAGGAUCUUCGUCCGCAGACCAAGGAUCAAACUUUUCCUGGAGGCUAAAUUGUCUCGAUAUUGCACCAAGACGAUGUAUCGACAUCCCCCGCGAGCAAGGGUGGAUCUUCAUCCGCAGACCAAGGACUCGGUUCUGUGAGAACCCGAACCUUCCGAAGCGAAAGUCUCGUGGGGAGGGUAAGACCUUGUUCCUGAGGCGUUCAGACUCAUUGUCGGCAUCAAAAAUUUGGACUCGGAAACGUUGCGAAGGCCAAUCUACGGGAUCUACGAUGCGGGAUCGAUUCCUAAGUGCGCGGUUACAAGGACCUGAUAUCCGCACCAGCAACCGUCAAUGCGUCAUUUUCCCAAGCGCGCGGUUUUUGGAAGAGGGCAUAGCACGGCGGAUUAUAGACGCAAGCAAGGACGCGCAUGUAUUCAAUAGCAAGGGUUCCAAAUGCAGAGGCCUAGUUCUCUGUGACAUACAUACAGGCGAUCCAGUGAAGCUCGUCUCACUCGCUCGCGUCAGAGGAGUAGCCGAGUCAGCAGGCAUGGCGUGUAUGCUGGUCGGGAUCGGUGUCAUUGAGGGAAUAUGGGUAACCAUUGGAGAGGAUGUCGAUUUUAAAUGUACGGGAGAGUCUCACCUGGUGGAAGGGAGGAAUGUCAUGACAGGGAAAGGUGGCAUUGUCAAGAAAGUCGUACUCUUGGACGUUCGAGUCCAGCAGGUUUAUGGGCCAAUGCAACGGAUGCCUGUAGACGUUGUCGCUAUCGAUGAAUGGCCCUGCACUACUGCCGUGAGACAGAGCAACGGGAAAUGUACGAUGUAG